UCCCCGGGCAUCGCUCCGAGGAGCCUGAACCCCCUCCCGGCUGGGCUGGGGGCUGCCCAGGGCACUGCUGACAUGCACUAGAGGAGCGGAGCAGGGGCUUGGCCGCAGCCCAGCCCUGGCACAGCCUCGCCUCGCCUCGCCUUUUGAUUUUAUUUUAUUUUUUUUUUUCCCCCCCCUCCUCCCCUUCCACUUCAUUUCUUUCUUUCCCUCUCUUUCGCCUUUAAGUGGGAAAGCCCUGCCGGCUGGGGAAGGCUGGGAGGGCAGGGAGAGCCUCGGCAGGCAGCAGAUAGAGAGUGCGGAGGAGGAGAGGAAGGAAUUUCGGGGACGUGCGGCGCAGGCACUCGGCUGGUGGGACCCUGCCCAAGGACUCAGACGCCCAGCCCGGAGCCCAGCAUGCUGUGCCCCACUCUCAAGACGUGUCUGUGGCUCCUCAUCCUCACUGGUCUGCUGGAGGUAACAUUUGGGGACAGGAGGCUGCACAUCGAACCCAGAGACACUGAGCUUGUCCUCAGCCUCCACAGCACCUUCUCCCUCCUGUGCUAUGGGGACAGGGAGCUGGUCUGGGAACGGGAGGGGCAGCGCCUCACUGCCUCGCUGGAGCACAGGGAUGGUGUCUUUGUCAGCAAUCUCACCCUCAGGAAUGUGACAGGCCAUCACACCGGGGAGUACACGUGCACCUACAGCCCUGAGCAGGCUCCAGAGCCAGCGGAGAGGAGAGCCCUCUACAUCUACGUUCCAGAUCCCUCCCUGGUUUUCCUCCCUGCAGUCACCUCUGAAGAGGUCUUCAUCUUCAUCACGGGCUACACAGAGGCUGUGAUCCCAUGCCGUGUGACCAACCCACAGAUGCAGGUCACCCUCUAUGAGAAGAAGGUGGAGAACCCCAUCCCAGCUACAUAUGAUCCACAACAGGGAUUUAAGGGCUUCUUUGAAGAUAAGACCUAUUUCUGCCGGACAUUUGUGGAUGACCAGGAGGUGGAUUCAGACACUUUCUAUGUCUACAGGAUCCAGGUGUCAUCAGUGAAUGUCUCCAUCAGUGCAGUGCAGACCAUGGUGCGCCAGGGAGAAAACGUCACCGUGAUGUGCACCGUGAGCGGCAACGAGCUGGUCAACUUCAACUGGGACUAUCCCCGCAAGCAAGCAGGGAAGGCUGUGGAGCCAGUGACUGACUUCCUGCCUGGAUCCACUCAUGAGAUCCGCUCCAUCCUCAUCAUCCAGAACGCAGAGCUGGAGGACAGUGGGACCUAUGUCUGCAAUGUCUCCGAGGGCUACCAUGAGAAAACGGACAGGAAGGACAUCACCGUCCAAGUGAUCGAGCAUGGCUUUGUGCACUUCCACACCCACCUGCCCAGCACGGUGUAUGCUGAGGUCCACAAGAGCCACACUAUCCUGGUGGAAGUGGAGGCUUAUCCCCAGCCCAGCAUUGUGUGGCUGAAGAACAACAAGACAUUGACCAUGGAGAGCAGCAGUGAGUUCACCAUCACCAGCAGGAACCUGUCAGAAACCAGGUACCAGACAGCUCUGGUGCUGGUGCGGGUGAAGCAGGAAGAAGGAGGAUUUUACACCAUUCGAGCUUCCAAUGAUGAUGAUGAGCAGGAGCUCUCCUUCCAUCUGCAGAUAAAUGUGCCAGCUAAAGUGGUGGAUCUCAAGGAGAACAGCAGUGCCAGCAGUGGGGAGCAGACAGUAACAUGCUCUGCUGAAGGCAUGCCCCAGCCAGAGAUCAGCUGGUCUACUUGCAGCGACAUCAAAUGGUGCAGCAGCAAGGGACAGCCCACCCGGCUGCUGGGGAACGAGUCGGCCGAGAUCGGCGUGCAGACCAACGCCUCGUACCACGCGGAGCGGCAGCUCUACCGCGUCAACAGCACCCUGCAGCUGCACAGGGUGCACGAGCCCCUGCUCCUCAGGUGCACUGUGCAGAACUUCCUGGGCACCAACUCCCAGGACAUCACUCUGGUCCCACACGCCUUGCCAUUCAAGGUGGUCAUCAUUUCUGUCAUCCUGGCCUUGCUGGUCCUCACUGUGAUCUCGCUGAUCAUCCUGAUCGUGCUGUGGCAGAAGAAACCUCGUUAUGAAAUCCGCUGGAAGGUGAUUGAGUCAGUCAGCUCUGAUGGGCACGAGUACAUCUAUGUGGAUCCCAUGCAGCUCCCUUAUGACUCCACCUGGGAGGUGCCCAGGGACAAGCUGGUGUUAGGACGCACUCUCGGCUCCGGUGCAUUUGGUCGUGUGGUGGAGGCAACAGCCCAUGGCCUGAGCCAUUCACGGUCUACCAUGAAAGUGGCAGUCAAAAUGCUCAAGUCCACAGCCCGCAGUAGUGAGAAGCAAGCCCUCAUGUCCGAGCUGAAGAUCAUGAGCCACCUGGGACCUCACCUCAACAUCGUCAACUUGCUGGGGGCCUGCACCAAAGGAGGACCCAUCUACAUCAUCACCGAGUACUGCCGCUACGGGGACCUGGUGGAUUACCUGCACCGCAACAAGCACACCUUCCUGCAGUCCUGCGGGGAGAAGGCACGGCGAGAGGCAGAGCUCUACGGGAACACCCCCAAGGAGGACCAUGUGCACAGCCUCUUUGCUUCCCCCCACAGCCACCUCUCCAUGUCUGUCGAGAGUGACGGUGGCUACAUGGACAUGAGCAAGGAUGACUCCCUGGACUAUGUGCCCAUGUCUGACAUGAAGGGUGAAGUCAAGUACGCUGACAUCGAGUCCUCUAACUAUGGCACCCCCUAUGAGCUGGACAGCUACUCCCCCUCAGCUCCUGAAAGGACAGACCGGGUGACGCUGAUAAACGAGUCUCCACUCCUCAGCUACAUGGACUUGGUGGGCUUCAGCUUCCAGGUGGCCAAUGGGAUGGAGUUCCUGGCUUCCAAAAAUUGUGUGCACCGUGACCUGGCCGCCAGGAAUGUCCUCAUCUGUGAGGGGAAGCUGGUGAAGAUCUGUGACUUUGGCCUGGCGAGGGACAUCAUGAGGGAUUCCAACUAUAUCUCCAAAGGCAGUACUUUUUUGCCCCUUAAGUGGAUGGCUCCAGAGAGCAUCUUCAACAACCUCUACACCACCCUCAGUGAUGUGUGGUCUUUUGGGAUUCUUCUUUGGGAGAUAUUCACUCUAGGAGGGACUCCAUACCCUGAGCUGCCUAUGAAUGAGCAGUUCUACAACGCCAUCAAACGUGGCUAUCGGAUGUCCAAACCCACCCAUGCCUCUGAUGAAAUCUACAACAUCAUGCAGAAGUGCUGGGAGGAGAAGUUUGAGAUCAGGCCAUCCUUCUCACAGCUUGUGGUGCUUAUGGGAAGCCUCCUGGUGGAUUGCUACAGAAAGAGGUACCAGCAGGUGGAUGAAGAGUUCAUGAAGAGUGACCACCCCGCAGUUGUCCGCACAAGACCCACCAUUCCUGUUCUGAACAACGCCCGCCCUGCUGCCAGCUCCCCCAGCAGCAGCAUCCUCUACACAGCCGUGCACCAGAAUGGGGGAGAGAACGAUUAUAUCAUCCCUCUUCCUGACCCCAAACCUGAGGCAAACUGUGACCUCCCUCAGGAGGCCUCCCUCAGCCGGGCCAGCUCUGUGCUGAACGAGGCCAACACGUCAUCUACAAUAUCCUGUGACAGCCCUCUGGGCCUCCGGGAGGACGAGGAGCAGGAAUCCGACCCACAACCAGGCUGCCAGGAGCCAACCACAGCACACCAAGAGGUGGAGGAGAGUUUCCUGUAGUCACAGCUGGGAUGACUUUGCAUCUCCUCAUGGAGAGGCCAGCUGAGGGGCUGACCCAGAUGUCACAGAGAGACAUGAUUGCGCUUGUACAUCAGGACAUCCCCUCCUGUCCCAGCAGUCCUCCUUCCCUCCUGCCUCCCAGUGCUGGGUGGGGAAUUGAGGACUUUUUCCCAUUGCCAUUCCCUUCCCCCUUAAAAAAGAGGUGGCUCAGUGCCAGAAACCCUCAAUAUCACUGCCACAUCCUCCUCAGUGAUCAAACCACUGCAGGAGGGAGACAUCUCACAGACCAACAUCUUCUCAAGUGGAAGACAUGUGUUGGAUCUCCACAAGACGCCACUUCCUGCAUUGCUAAGAUGAUACUCCAGCCUCUUCCUCCUCCAUGGCAAGGAGUUUCGUCUCCUUUGCACCAGCACUUCCCUGAUGGUCUCAGCAGCAGCCACACCGUGGUUCUGUGAAAUACCACUGGGAUAGAAAAUCCACCUGGAGCCCAUUGCUGGGGUGUAGAGAACCUGUAACACUGACCUUCAGCUGCUGGAGGUCAGGAGUACAUUGGAUUCUCCCCCAAGCACAGUCAAGUCCUGAAGAGGCCAGCCAGUGUCUGGGAGGUAUGGAGUUACCAUUUUCCUCACUUGACAGCUCUUCUGUGGUGGAUAGAGCAUCACAAGCACUACAGGUACUCACAGCUCUGGGGCACAGCUCUGCAUUCACCUGGAGGCUGUCACACCCUUUUGUGCCCAGCAUGGCACCAGGAGCCCUUAGGACAUGGCAGGAGCUCCAAAUGCCCUCACAAUGACUUGGUUAUAGAAGCAAAGAGGGCAGUCACUGUUGUUCGUGUUGUCUGUGUGGACACUAAGCUAAUUAUUCUCCAUUGAAGAUUUAAAGGGAACAAAUAUAUUAAUACACUAGCCAGGGCCAGUAUAAGGAAGCAAUAUGGUUAUUCAUUAAUCUACUGCCACUACACCCAGCUCAUCUGCUGGGAAAUCAUAUAACCACGCCAGCUGCAGAAUCCUUGUGCCUUGUCUUUGGGAAGAAAAGGCUCACCUUUGAUAAACUGUUCACCCAAACACCCUUCCUCUGGAUGGGAGGACUCAUCAUUCCCUCCUGAGUCACAGCAAGAUUAUGGGCAGAAAUAAGGAUGCCAGAACACCAACCCAGGGAUAGCACCAAAGAAAGAGAGGGAGUCUGGGAAGCUCCUUGGUCACAGCUGGACUGUAUCUUACACCCUGCCACCUUCUGGGGUCAGGCAGAGCCACUUGUAGCUUGCCAGGGCUGUGAAAUGUCACAGGGAACCAAGCAGGGUAAGAGGAAUCGGGGAGGAUUCCUCUCUCUUGGAGAGUGUUUUGAAAAUUAAGCAGGCACAGACCUUCCCCCUGCUUCUCACCUUCCCCACUUCUCACAGAUGGGUCAGGGGCUACUUUUGCUCUCAGCUGGCACUUGAAUGAGCAGACUCAAAGCAGGAGGAACAACAGGCGUUGGAAAUCAGUUGUGAACCCCACCUCUGCAGGAAAGCUGGACCCCCAAAACCACAGGUCUGACACCACAGAAGACAGCAGGUUUUUCUCUGAAAUGAGUUUCACUUCACACAGAGCUCUGUUCUCUCCAUGUCCCCUGCUCUCAUUAACUCUUCAUUGCCCUACUCAUGCCCAUCUCUCUGUGCAUCUUACAGGAGCUGCACAGGCAGGUUUACAAAAUCAGAAAUUCAGUCAGCAUCUUGCUGGGCUUCUGCCACUUCAAAGCCACUGAGAAUUUCUUUUUCUUUUUCAAAAUAUGGAACUUCUGCCAGCAAUCUCCAGCAAAACAGCUUCUGUUUCAAGUUUUCUACCAUUCCAGUGCAGCUAAAGGAGGAGUAGGUGUUUUGUGGGCUGAUGUCCUUGGUAAAAUGUGAACAUAAGAAAUAGCACUUUUAUUGGCAGCCAGCAGAGGAUAUUUUCAGCCUAUGUGGUCAGAUUCCCCACCAUCCAUAGGAAACAUACUGUGAAUGACAACUGUUUUUCCAUCCUCUGUUCCUCCUGCUUGUAAUGAAGGAGCAUGUCCUGUGGCCACAGUUCAUUAAAUGAUUCUCACUGCAGAGAAGCAAUAAUUUAUGAGAUCCUUUGGGUCAGAUCACUUGAUUAUUUUUUUUUAACAUGUAAGGUGCUUGGUAAGGAUCUGUGUCACUGCAACUUGAGCCCAUAGGAUGGCACAUCAGAGUAUCCUAAUAGCCCCUGUCUGCACCAGUUCCAUUUUUAAGUCAUCCUUCUCUAUCAAAGGUGACCAGAAGCACCCAGUACUCCAGGUGAGGUCCAACCUAGCCCUCAUACAGGGAAUUAAUAGUUCUGGCCUGUGCUGGUCUCAACUUGCCUGGUGUAGCUUUGGAUAAUAUUGGCUUUUUCCCAGCCACAACAUACUGAGAGCUCAGAGUCAUCCUCUGACCAAUCUAGGCACCUACGUCUUUCUACACUUCCAGCAUUUCUAACCAGGCUACUCCCUGCUGUUCCAGACAUUGGGUCAUCAGCAGAUUUUGUUAACAGUUUUUUUUGGGCUGGACUGACUAAUAAAAAUAUUAGAUACUUCUAGCAACAAGGACAAUCUGAGAGAGCUACUUUUACUACCUCCAUCCAGCCCAAAGAUUUCCUCAUCAAUUAGCACCUUCUCACUUUCACUUUGGCAAUUUGCUUAUUUCAAAAAUCCUGUUCUGUACUUCAUCUUGUACAGAUUUAAUUGCUAAUUAAAUUACUAAUUUCCCACCAUCAAAUAGUUUCCAUGGUCCUGAAAGGGGAGGUCUCCCUGCUGGGGGAGCUCAGGUAUCCUGUCCUAUUAGCUGGGCAUUAGCUACAUUUGAAUGCCUAUUGCAUUUUGUCCUAUUUGUAGAUUCACUGCAAUUAUUAUUUCAACAAAAUAUGUUCUGCCUGCUGAUGGGAUGCUACCCCCACCUCCCUAUUCCUUUUUAUAGUAGGUACGCCAGACUCUUUGCAAA